GGCAUAUAUUUGCUGCCCGCCGGCGGGCACACUAAGCCAAACGAAAAUAAUUUUGUUACAAAAAAAAUCAACAAAUCGUAUUGUUAAAUGGCCGUGCGAACACGAACGACCAUAAAUCCGCCGCAGCGCUCGAUUUCAAAUCAAAUCCUCGAGGCAGUCGGUAGUUAAUAAUACCGCAGAGCGGCCAGAUCGGGGGAUAUCUACCAUCCAUAUCCGUGUAUCCUCCAACUAGAGAUCGGAGCAAAUAGUGGAGGAGAUCCCGAAUAGAUCCGGAGUUACGUGAUUCCCGGCGACACGGAUACGAUUCUGGCUGGGAUUGGGCUAUUGGAAUUGGUGUACUGCUAACGGCGGAUCAUCGAUGCAACAAUGAAUGUUCACAAGCGGCCACGUCUGAAUAUGGAAUUCGGCUCCUCCACCAGCAAUACCAACACUUCCACAUCCCCGUCCUCCGUAAAUAUCAGCAAUGCGAAUCCAACAGCUGGACCUGGCCUCAUGACCAUUACCAAUCACCACACCGCUGAUUUGUCAGAGGCCCUGGUCCACAGUUCCUUUGCCAAUGGUCAGCAAAGUCUGAUUCUCACCAGCGACACGGGAAAUCCGCUGAUGAAUAGCCAAGGUGCUCAGAUAUUUCUCACCAUUUGCGGAGACGAGAACUCGGACGAUUCGCAGGAGUACUAUACGAUUAAACAGGAACCGGGAUGUGAUCUAGAUAUCCAUUCGCUGCUGCCUAGCAAUUUGCAGCUGCCCAACAAUCUGCAGCUGCCCACUGGCUGUGAGAUAUAUUUGGUCAAGGAAACCGGCAGCUUAAUGGGUGAGCCGCCGACGAAGGCGGCCAUCAAGCUGGAACUAGAUACGCUAAGCGAAAAGCCGCUCCUUCCAUCUGUUACAACUUCCUCCAGCACACAGUCCGCGGUAAUAACCGCCCAGACCGUGAAUCCUCCCAUUCCAGGUAACAUCAACACCACCACCAGCACCACUAGCACCACCACCACCACCAGUGUCCUGUAUGGCUCCCAUGGCAAUGGUCAUGGCCAUGGCCAUGCUCACGCCCAAGCCCGAUCCCAGCCAGAAUCAGCUGGCCAAACACCAUCCAGCAAACUGGAGGCGUACAAGAAACGCGAUGAUAAACGUCGUGCCACGCACAACGAGGUCGAACGCCGGCGCCGCGACAAGAUCAACAGCUGGAUCUUCAAGCUCAAGGAGAUGCUGCCCAGUCUGAGCUCCAGCUCCAGUUUCAGCGAGGCCAGCACGAGUCCCAGCACCAGCGGAAGUACGAGUACCAACGGAAGUAGCCAUUCCAAAGGCAAUGCCAGCAGUUCCAGCGGACGAGCGCCGCCCAAUGACUCCAAAUCGCAGAUCCUGAUCAAGGCAUGCGAGUACAUCAAGAGCAUGCAGGGCGAGAUUGACACGCUGCGCGACUGUCUAAGGGAGACGGAUAGCCUAAGGGCCAGCAACCAGGCGCUGCGCGAGGAACUUGAUCGCCUGAAGCGUCAGCAGCAGCUCCAGGAACGCUUCCACACGGCCGGCGGAAGAUCGACGUUUAAUGUUACCCUAAAUUCGCUGAACAGUUCCGCGACCAGUGAUCUAUUCGAGGGAAUCGAUACGACACCCAAUCUGGCCGCCGUCUCGUCGCUGGGAUUCGGCAAGCGUGGCCUGCUGAUCAGCGAUUUUGAUGAGUAAACAAAAUCUGCCUGCGAAAUAGGAGUGGAUAGACAAAAAAAAAAAAAAAAAAAAUAGAAAUGAAAAACAUAUGGGUGGACCGAUUGGGUUGCUGGUUACGGGAAUAAACAAAUAUGGAGGCGGCGGAUGGACAAGCCCUGGCGCCUUCAACAAACAUAUACGCCCAUCCACCAAAGAAUGACGUGCAACGUACACGCAACGCAACACACGCAGUACAAUAAACGGACAUGACGAGUGAUUCCUUGUUAUCGCCGCUCUGUUAUAUGUUAUAUAAGAAAAGCAGCAUAUAUUACAUAUGUGUAUCGAUAUGUGUAUAUGGUUAUGUAUAUGGCUAUGUAUAUGCAUGUACAUAUAUGCAGUCGAACUUGGGUGACUCAAGCCAAGUUGUUGGCCUAACCGCUUUGACAAAAAGCUGUUCUCAAUUGAGUUUAAUUAACGAGCCACGGCACAACACAGCUGCUUUUGUAUGUUAUAUGUAUCUGUUAUUGGUAUUAUUCCUAACCAACCCCCCCCUCCAAAAAGUGAGCGCCCAAAAAGAAAAAAAACAAAUCAUGAAAAUAACGAUCGAACGAAUUUUUGUACCACCCCCAUGCCGCGAUCAUUAUCAUAUUUUGUUUAGAGUCUUGGAAUAUUAGAUCACAAACAAAUAUUGUUGAUAAGAAGCUUUAAAGCACGUUCUGUUCUUCCAUGUUUUUUUUUUUCGUAUUACAUUAUGUUUAAGAUAUACGUAGGUAUAGUUGUUUUGAUUUGCGCAGCGAAUCUAGAACUAUAACUUAGCCAUGUUUCAAACAAACUCUUUGUGUUCAUUCAAGAGAAUUCACUAUGUAUUCACUUUCAACAAGAGAUUGUUGUAUUUAAAUCGAAAUAUGUUUUUCAAAAAUAUCAAUAUUGAAAUAUUAGCAAAGUACAGCGCAAGAUAAGUAUAAGUAUAAGUAAUUUCUUGCUGAAAGUGAAAGUGGAAACUGAAGUGGUUAACAAAGUUUUCGAUUUGUUGUUAUACAGGAAAUUAGUUGUAAGUCUGAAGUUUGAGUAACAAAAGUUCGAUUGCACAGAUGUGAAAUGAUUUAUGUUCUCGGAUCCUCAAGCGGUUUGCCAUCAUUAUAUACAAACGUACAUACAUACCUAUGAAUUACCCAGAAAUACAAGCCUAGAAAAAAUCUAAAAGCGUUAACGAUACCUACCUAUUGCAUAUAUACCUUUAACUAAAUCAUAUUUGGAGCAUGUUUGUGCUUGAUUUUUCGAUUUUAUUGUACUGUUUCUCGGCACUAAUUACCUACAAAAAAAAAAAAAAUGUAACGAAAAUAUACUAUAUCUAGUUAUAUCGUAUAUAUAUUAUAUAUAUAUAUAAAUAUAUAUGGUCUAUAUAUAUAUAUAGAGAGAGAGAGAGAGAAAGAGCGAGAGGCAAGUGUACAUACGUAGUGCAGUCGGUAGAACAGUGGGAAUUCGAGCGAGAUGCGGCUAUAUAAUGCCGCACUGCUCGCCGGGGGCGUGUGCACCGUUACAGAUAAAAUGCUAUUGUUGAUAAAGAAUAAUAUUAUAUUAUAUUAUAUUUGAGCAUAAUGUUGUUGUGAAUGUUAUAUCACUGUUUUCGAUAUACGACGCUGUUUCAGAAGUAUAAGUAUACAGAACAGAAGUGUUUUAAAUACGAUUCAUUUGUAAUAAUGAAAAUGCCAAAAAAAAAAGCAAAAAAAAAAAAAAAGAAAUCAAACACACCAACCACACCAAAAUACAAACACACUAAGAUUCAGGAUUUUAAGAUAUAAGAUGGGGUACUGGGAAUUGGAUUAUUUAACCCAUGGCCGAAAACGAAAUGGGAUCUUGUGUUACUUGUUGCUAUCUAUAUGCAGUACAUUACAAUAAUAUCACAUUUCUGUCAUUUGACAGCUAAUAAUUCUAUUCAAUUUCAAUAAACGAACUCAGUAAUGGUUAACACACAC